AAACCACCAAGAUCGAUGUCACUAAAGCCAGCAGCUCCUUUAUCUACAAAAACAAAUAGUUCAACCAACACUAAGAAGGAAAAUGAAAUGGAUAUCAGUAGUCCACAUGAGUUGACUGCGUUUGUUGAAGACGUUCUCAACAAGCUCGAUACGAAAUUCGAUGUGAUGUCGAAUACGGUCUUAGAGAGAAUGAAUGAGAUGUCUGAUAGAGUUGAUAGCUUAGAAGCAAGUAUACAGGAGUUGGUAUCAUCUGCAGGCCCUAUGUCGCCUAGAAUACCAUCGCCUAGGCCAGUAAAAAGCCCUUCAAAUGAAUGAAGAGCUCUUUGGAUAUGAUUGUGGCUAUCUUAGUCACUAAUAAGCUAGAACAAUUGAAAUAGUUGAUAAUACACUCUACUUUGUUUUGGAAGCGAUACCAGGGUAUAGGAGGUGCUUUGUAAAUCAGUGUUUAAUAUAUGUUUAAGAAUAGCUAGUAUACAUUACAAUUAGUUAUAAUACAUUAAUACAACGUUGUUACUUCAUAGUUUGUGUUGUAGUAACUCAUUGAUAAAGCGGGAGAGUGAAUUGAUCAUUAGUUUCAUUGAUAGAUUGUAGAUAGUAGUACGGCAGUAGUAUGAUUGUAGUCUAAAUGCGUACUACCAUCGACUUGAGCGUGAUAGCCUUAAUUAGACUGAAACUAAUGGUGAAAUUGAAAUAAAACAAUGCUAAUAAAUGUUCCAAUUUG